AUGGUCUCUUUUGAUUGGUGGGAUAUCACGAAGGGCGGUCUCCGCCUCGUGGCGAUCGUCGACGACCUCCUUCACGUCCUCUUCGCCGUUGUGGUGGUGGCGACGGUGGUGGUGGGGUUGGCGCUUUCGCGGAAUGUUUACCGCUCGAUGCUCCGCACGCGCGCGAUGCGAAAUGACCUAGAGGAGAAGACGCUCUCGCGGGAGAGUCGCGUCUACCUUGGUGCGAUCGAGGCGGAGGGCACCGUCGAGGAGGUCCUCCGCAAGGCGGGGUGGUCGCGGGUUUACCUCCGACGCCGUGUGCCCGUCUCGCGCAUCGGUCAUAACCGCGAGAUCGACGUGAUCGCUGUCGGGAAAGUGAUCCUCGUUGUGGAGGUGAAGCAUUGGCAGGGCUACGUCUGGAGCAACGGCCCGCGUUGGUUCCAAAUGCCUGUCCGAAUGAAACAUACACUCGAGUUUGAGGAUGUUAUGGAGGAUAACGUCGUCAAGGCGGCGGCCCUGCGGCGAUUUAUCGAGAACACACACCGCAUCGCGCUUCCGGAUCUCCCUCUCUUGUCCAGAGAAGGAGAAGGAGCUGAGAAAAAGGACGACCACAACUACCAAACUGUUAGCUUCAGCAAUACAGGACAGGACAAGAACAGUGCCAAUGAGAACGAUAGCUCCCCUGAAGAUGCGUUAUUAAAUGAUAAGAAGGAUGUGGGCACCUGGUAUACGGACAAAUCGCUUCAUAAGCAAUGUGGGUUGUGUGUGCUGCCGAUUGUGGUGUUUACCAACCCACGCGUGAAGCUUGAUCCCGCUACUGUAAAGGCCAAAAAGUUUGUAUUUACACUCAAUGACUUUCGCAUCUUCGCCCGUGAAGCGUUGAGGGGAAACUUUUCUCUGGAGGCUCCCAACGAGGUUGUGGCUUGGCGUAAGAAGGGAUAUUUACUUUUGCCGCCCUUUUUGCGCCGUUUACUAUCCCCUUUUCAUGUUCCAUCUGAGGCUGCGCUGGGAAGCGACUUACAACAACAAAUCGGCGAAGCUAUCGAGAACAUGCGCACCUGGGAUUUAGUUCGACUUCACAACGGCCGCCUCAUUGUGGGUGACGUUCAGAAAAUAGACGCGCCUAGUGCAAACUGUAUAUACGAACGAAAGGAACUUCUAGAAAUUAACUUCCAGUGGAACUACGGCGCUGUAGGCCUUUUGAAAUCAUUUUUGUCAAACCGUGGAGGAACGGUGGAACUUGUUCUAACGACUGCUAAGCGCUUAGCAAUUAAAAAGAAAGAAAAGAAGACACAAGACUGGAAGGGAAACAUUAUCUUCCCAAUUGUUCCGAAUAAUAGAAGACUAACUCUGAAUGAUCGUUUGUCCAUUAAGUCACCUGGCACACCAAAAUUGAUAACUCUAGCUCUGUCGAAUAUCAAAGAGGUACACCUCAGCCGUCACCUGUACGAAUUAGAAAAAGGAAUUGAGGUAAGUUAA